AUCGACCAAUUCCAGUUGUCCCAGUAACUCCUCUCUCUCUCUCUAUCUGUCUCUGAUCUGACCGCAGUCUGACACCGAGUCCACUCACCGCCGCCAUGGACUUCCACACCGCCACCGGCUCGCCGUCGUCCUCCACCUCCUCCUCCGACCCAAACCUCACUAACUCCCACCACCACAACGGCGGUCACAACCACCACGACACCGACCCAAUGCAUUCCUGGUGGGAGUCCAUCUCCAAAGCUCGCUCUCGAAUCCACCUCCUCUCCUCCCUCCUCCCUCCCUCCUCCUCCUCCACCGCCGCCUCCCUCGACUCCCUUGCCGACUCCGACCGCCCCGCCCGCUCCCUCCUCUCCUCCUUCUCCGCCUACUCCGCCCUCUCCUCCUCCCUCUCCUCCCCUCUCUCCGGCUCCGGCGAUGACCCCCUCUGCCAGUGGCUCUACGAGACCUACCAGUCCUCCGACACCGAUCUCCGCCUCGUCGUCCUCUCCUUCAUUCCUCUCCUCUCCGGCAUCUACCUCUCUCGCAUCCACUCCUCCUCCGCCUCCAUGCCCUCCCUCGCCGGCUUCGAAGCCGUCCUCCUUUCUCUCUACGCCGCCGAGACCAAAUCACGCGCCGGCAAGCCUGUCCUCGUCUCCAUUCCUGAUCUCUCUCAACCUUCUCUCUACCACACACCUCGAAACAAGCCAAACCCUAACCUAACCACCCAAUCUCGACCCUCGAUUGGAGUCCUCUCACCCCCUCUCGAGCCCCAAAUCGCUGUGAAAUCCACCAAACGCGCUUGCAUUGUCGGAGUCGCCCUCGAUUGCUACUUCAAACAGAUCUCUCAGAUGCCCAGUUGGUCCAAACUCGAUUUCUGCCGAUUGGCCUCCGAUUGGGCUGGUCAGGACUGUCCCUGCAAAUCUGAAUUCGAUAACAACGAAAACACCAUCGAAACGAACGGGUUUUCAGAUGGAAUUAGGGUUUCUGAAAUCGAUGAUGUUGUAGAAGAGAUGGGUAAUUUCGGAAUUAGCGAAAAUGGGACUGUUUCGGCUCCGAAAGGGGCUCGAAUUCCACUUCCAUGGGAGCUUCUACAGCCUGUGUUGAGAAUUCUGGGUCAUUGCCUGUUGGCACCUCUCAAUGCAGAGGAAGUUAAGGAUGCUGCGUCGAUGGCGGUGCGGUGUUUGUAUGCUAGAGCUUCUCAUGACUUGGCUCCUCAGGCCAUUUUGGCCACUCGGAGUCUCAUUCAGCUAGAUAAGAGGGCUCGUGAAUCAGCGAGGGCAACCGCAAUGGCCACUGCAGUUUCCAAUGCUAACACACCUAGUAAAGCUAAGAAGCCGGAGAUACUCUUGGUUUCAAAGUGAAGGCAGAGCAUGUAAGGUUUCAACUACGAUUUUUGGUUUUUCUUGGUAAAACUGUAUUUUUUUUGUUUCUGGAGUGUAGUAGGUUAGAUUUGUAAGUUGAAAUGAAUGAUUUUCUGUGUUUAUAUGUUGAUAGGUUGGAUUGCUCAUUGUAUUUCUGAGCUAUAUUGUUGUGCAUCAAUAUGUAUUUUGUGGAUUCUGUUAUUCUUGUAUUUUAUUUCUGUGAUCGUAUUUUGUGCAAGCAUGUAACCUUUACUUGGAGAUUGUUCGAUGGUGAUUGCUUUUCUCA